GCGGGGCUUCGGCUGGGCGUGUGCGCGUGCGCGCCGGCGGGUGCGCGGAGGCUCUCGGCCCUGCUGGAAUAAUCAAAAAACAAGAUGAGUUUCUUCUGUGGACUACAGUCAGCUACAAGAAACUGUGUUUUCUUCCAAUUCAGUUUGCUGGCCAGAUGGAGAAAUUGUACCUCACCAGGCUGUAAUGUAGUUCAGAUGCACCAUUUGGUAAAUAAAUACCAGGGACUCACAUCAGUAAAACAGUGUGAUAAGUUGACUUUUCUGCCUGGAAACUUUCAUUUCCUUAGGACUUUAAAUAACAGAAGAACAAAAUGUUACUACAGUACCAAAAAUAAGGAAAUUGGGCCUGUUGCCCACAAAUGUGCUGCGUGGAAUGAAUCCCUUUCAAGCUGGGUGCUGAGGAAGGAAGCGGCUCCUUUGCGUGCGUUCUGCUGUCUGCCCGUGGUGGCCAGGGGUCUCCACACUUCUGCGCGCUUCCAGGCUGCUCCGGUUCCCCUCUUGUUGGUUGUUCUUAAGCCAGUGCAGAAGCUACUUGCAAUCAUUGUAGGCAGGGGCAUAAGGAAAUGGUGGCAAGCACUUCCUCCUAACAAGAAGGCAUUGUUUAAAGAAAGUAUAAAGAAGAAUAAAUGGAAUUUAUUCCUUGGUUUGAGUGGUUUUGGAUUGCUAUUUGUAGUGUUUUAUUUUACUCACCUUGAAGUGAGUCCAGUCACAGGAAGGAGCAAGCUACUAUUAUUGGGAAAAGAACAUUUCAGACUUCUGUCAGAACUGGAAUAUGAAGCAUGGAUGAAAGAAUUCAAAAAUGAUAUGCUAACUGAGAAAGAUGCCCGAUACCUGACUGUUAAAGAAGUGGUUCAUCAUCUAACUGAAUGCAAUAAAGACAUCCCCGGGAUCUCUGAGAUCAACUGGGUUAUUCACGUGGUUGAUUCUCCAGACAUCAAUGCCUUUGUGCUUCCAAAUGGACAAGUGUUUGUUUUCACUGGGCUUUUAAAUAGCGUGACUGAUAUUCAUCAGCUUUUCUUCCUUCUGGGCCAUGAAAUAGCACAUGCAGUCCUUGGACAUGCUGCAGAGAAAGCUAGCUUGGUUCACUUAUUGGAUUUCCUGGGUAUGAUUUUUCUCACAAUGAUUUGGGCCAUUUGUCCUCGUGAUAGUCUGGCACUCUUGGGCCAGUGGAUCCAGUCUAAAUUACAAGAGUAUAUAUUUCAUAGACCAUACAGUAGGACACUGGAGGCUGAAGCUGACAAAAUUGGGCUGCAGCUUGCCGCAAAGGCCUGUGUGGAUGUAAGAGCCAGUUCAGUGUUUUGGCAGCAGAUGGAAUUUGCAGAGAGCCUCCAUGGUCAGCCCAAGUUGCCAGAGUGGUUAUCUACACACCCGUCCCAUGGAAACAGAGCUGAGCAUCUGGACAGGCUGAUCCCUCAGGCUCUCAAAAUUAGGGAAAUGUGUAAUUGCCCACCACUCUCUGGACCAGACCCCCGGUUACUGUUCAAACUCAGCAUGAAGCAUUUCCUUGAAGAAUCAGAGAAAGAAGCCCAAAACAUCACUGUUAAGAAACAGAAAAUGGAUCCUCUUCCCUUUCAAAAACAAGAGCAAAUACCGUUAAGUUACAUAGUUGAGAAAAGAACUAAUAGCUGAAUUAAAAUUUAUGAGACACAGAAUAUAUGAAGAAUGUAGCAACCCUUAUCAUUUUUAUGGUACUUUUGAAAAAUGAUGUCUGCAAUGACAAAAAAAUUAUCCAGUCAAAUCAUGCAUAUUAUAGAUAGUAUCUAAAUUCUAAGAAGUGUUUAUUUUUUAUGAACUGUAUAUUUUAAUCUAUUUUAGAAUACCUGAAGUGAGGAAAUGUCAAGGGAAUAAAUUUUUAUUAUACAUUUUA